GAGUCCAUAUCAACAUGCAGAUUUGCUCAAAGGGUGGCAAUGAUUAAGAAUGAUGCCAUUUUGAAUGAAGAACUGGAUCCGAAGUUACUGAUAGCAAAGUUAAAGGCAGAGAUCCAGGAGCUGAAAUCUGAAUUGGCAAUUGCCACUGGGGAACAACGCUCUGAUGAGCUCACCCAAGCUGAGUUGGACAGGUGUAGACAACUGGUGAAAGAAUAUCUUGAAGAACCUGGCUCAAGUUCUACUUUAGACAUUGGGGCAGAUAUGAGGAAGAUCCAGUUCUGUUAUUCCCUGCUAAAGGAAUAUGCUCUUGAACAAAGCAAUGGUAGUCAAUCUCAGAGACCCCGAGAUAGUCCAGAACCUACAGAGCCAGCCCCUGAUUCCAAACAGUUGAAAAAGUUAAAUGACCUUAUCCAACAGAGGGAUAAUGAAAUAAAUAUUCUAGUAAACAUGUUGAAGAAAGAGAAAAAGCGCGCUGCAGAUGCCUUGUCAAGACUUGAGGAGAUUGGUGUCAGUGCUGAGAAACGUGCUUCGUCCACUGUAAGUGACAGCCACAUUGAGGCCAGUCAUAAACAUAGACAUAAGCGUAAUGGAGCACCAAGGGAGAGUUGGCAAUCUGAUAGACCCAUGGACCCAAAAGAUGAAUCCACAAAGCAAAAGAUUUUGGGUGAUAUGUCAAUGGGCCGUCAAGAGGCUUUUGAAAUAUUCCGACGAGAUUAUCCACAAAACAGUGCCAUAGAUGAACAUAAAAGGGAUCUAAAGUCAAGAUAUCAAGAGGCUAAGAAACUUGGAGAAGUCGUGAACAAAUCUAGGACUAAGAUCAAUGAAGUGAAACGUCGUCUUGAGCAGCAGAGGGUGUCUAGAGUAAUGCAGGGGAAUGGAGGAGUUGACCAACUUGAGCCUGAUGAGAUGGAAAACCAGCUUCGUGUUGAUCUAGAACAUUAUAAACAAGCUUACAAAGACACAUUUAACAGACUUAAAGUUCUAAAAACUGAAAUUGAACACUUGCAGCAUUUAUUAGAAAAAUCAAAAGUGAAAAUGAUGAAAGAUUUCGAAGUCUGGUGGAUGGCACAAGUUUCAAAUGCCCAGAAUCAACAAGAUCAUUUAAAUUCAAGUAGAAAAAGUGCUUGGCAGACUCCUCCAAGCAGUUCCAUGAGAAACAGUUCCAGGGAUUUAGCACCCUUAACACAUAAUGGUGGAACUAAUAGAGCUAAAGAGUAUACUAAUCAUAGACCGCCAGAUGAUGGAAGAAAUAGUAAGCACCAAUACGAUCAAAGAACAAGCCGCAGUCAUACUUCAAAUCAUUCCAGGGUAUCGGAGCAGUCAGCAAAUGG